AUGGAGAACAAGAGCACAAUCCUCCCCGUGGUGAUUGAGAAACGCCUCACUCCCUCUAUCCAGUCAGUGCCAAGGAGUGAGACCUCAGGCCAUACUAGCCAGCCUUCAUUGGAAGCGAAGGCGGUGAUCAUCCUCGAAAAAGAACCUAAAAAGCGUUUCUUUGCGCGACCAUGGGGACCCCGUCAGAAAGUCGCCGUGGGUGCAAUUGGCUUCGUGUGGAUCACCCUGAUUGCUUUGACCAUCGCUCUCCCGAUUUACUUUACCAAAACCUACGGCUUUGCAAAGGAUACUGAUUGGUACUGGCAAAUCUCUCAACCAAAUGAGGAUUCGAGUUACCGCAGCGAGGCGAACCGGCCUGUCUUCGCUCUCAUGAAUUUCCCGGACCCGGGGCUCAUUGAGCACAACGGGACGUGGUUUGCCUACGGAACAAACCCUAAAAAGAAGAAUGCCGAUACCAUCCAUGUGCCUGUCGCUACAUCAACCAACUUUGUCAAUUGGACACUCCAUGAAGGUUAUGAUGCACUGCCCACUCUCGGUGGUUGGGAGAAGAAGGUUAACCACUGGGCUCCCGAUGUGAUCCAGCGUGAUGACGGCAAAUUUGUGAUGUACUACUCAGGAGAGGUAAAGAACUGGGGGAGCUUCCACUGCGUCGGCGUUGCAGUAUCGAACGGCACAGAUCCACUGGGGCCAUACAUCCCCGAGGACAAGCCACUGGCAUGUCCCCACGACCUAGGUGGCGCGAUUGACCCUUCGCCAUUCAGGGACGCUGACGGCACUCUCUACGUUGUCUACAAAGGCGAUGGAAACAGCAUUGGUCACGGUGGAAAUUGCAACAACGGAAAGAAGCCAAUCGUGUCUGUACCCAUCCUCCUGCAAGAGCUCAAGAGCGACGGUGUGACUACUGUUGGAAAGCCAAAGAAGAUCCUCGAUAUCGACGAUACCGACGGUCCUCUCGUUGAAGCUCCAGACCUCAUGCGCACCGAUGAUGGUGUCUACUACCUGUUCUUCUCUUCUCACUGCUAUACCUCACUGGGCUAUAAUGUGAAAUAUGCCCACUCGACUUCCAUCGAGGGCCCGUACAAGAGGGCUAAUCGGCCUCUGCUGCAGACUGCGGACUGGGAUCUCCUGGGGCCGGGAGGUGCCACUGUUUCCGCCGACGGGAAAAAGAUCGUUUUCCACGCCAACUGUGGUUCCCACCGCUGUAUGUACGCCGGCGCUAUCGAUAUUAAAGCCGACAACACGGUUGUUAUGUCAAGUCUCCUGGGCAGCAAGUCGUUGACCUCGACGAACUCUACUGUCAUUUCUCGGUGA